UCCGCUCUCAGUGGGACGCGCGUUCGCUCACUCUACACAUUAUUGACCAUUUCCUGCGACAUUCCCACAAAAACAAUAUUACCUGCCGAUAGAACUGCCCCAAAACCUUUACAAUAAGUGACAAUACAGUGAUUAGUGACAAAUACAUAAAUAUUAAGUACUGUUAUAACGUAGUUGUGUAAUGGAAACGCUUCGAGUCUCGUUAGCAGCGGCUAAUCGAGCUAAUUAGCAAAAUCCCUGUGUUCGAGUCGCGAGUUACAUUCAGCCAAGCUGUUGGCGCGCGUAAACUAAAUCGAAGUUUAAGUGUCAAAGAGUAAAAUGCCAUCUUCAGUGCAAGAGAAUAUUGCUCUGCUCAACAUGAUGUCGUCGGAUAAUCUGGAAGACGAUCUAAAGAGUGUUCAGCUACAUUAUCCAUCUGACAGACGAUUGCAAGCCGACAGCGCAUGCGUGGAGGAGAGGGUGAGGACUUCCCUGGGGGACAUUGUGGUAGCGGUCAGAGGCGAUCGCAACAAGCGAGCCAUAAUUACUUACCACGACCUUGGUGUCAACUAUGCUGCCAACUUUCAGGCUUUCUUCAACUUUACUGAUAUGAGACCUAUUUUGGAGCAAUUUUGCAUUUACCAUAUUAAUGCACCGGGUCAGGAGGAAGGAGCCCAUUACUUACCCGAAGAUUACACAUACCCAAGCAUGGACGCUUUGGCCUCCCAAAUAGAUUUUGUUCUGGGUCAUUUUGGUAUACGAUCAUUCAUAGGCUUCGGGGUGGGUGCAGGUGCAAAUAUUUUGGCGCGAUAUGCGAUUGCUAAUCCACAAAAGGUGGAUGCUUUGGUUUUGAUCAACUGCACCUCUACCCAAGCUGGCUGGACUGAAUGGCUCUACCAAAAGAUAAAUACAAGACAACUCCGUUCGAGCGGAAUGACUCAAGGAGCGUUGGAUUAUUUGAUGUGGCAUCACUUCGGUCGCAGCACCGAGGACCGUAACCAUGACCUUGCUCACAUGUUCAAACAAUAUUUCUCUCACGUGAACGCGAUCAAUUUGUCAAUGUUCAUAGAGUCCUAUUUGCGGCGCACCGACUUAGCAAUAGCUAGAGAGAGUAACACUAUAAAGGUGCCAGUUUUGAAUGUCACCGGCGCUCUAUCACCUCAUGUUGAUGAUACCGUAACCUUUAACGGGAGGCUGGACCCUGCCAAGACUUCGUGGCUGAGCAUCUCCGACUGCGGCAUGGUUCUUGAGGAGGAACCGGCGAAAAUGGCUGAAGCCUUCAAACUAUUUUUGCAAGGCGAGGGAUACUGCAGGUAGUCAUGCUGCCCCCAUGUAAAGAGAAUGCAGCGCUGAAACAAUAGAAUGCACUUGAUGCUUACACGCGAGCUUUAACGACACUGUUGUAGUCACAUGAUGAUGUAGAGACGAAGUUGUUGUUGUUCUUUGUUUCUAGAUAUUUAUCUGAAUAAAAUUUAAUUUUAUGGCUUA